AUGGCAACCGCAUCACAAUGCCGCCUCGAACCUGUCGAUCUGUCCGAUGCAGGCCAAUUCGCCGAGAUCCAAAGACAACGCCUCAUAUGUGGCUGGAACUAUGACCCGCAAACCCUCCAGAAAUGGAAGGCCAAACAACAAGAGGGCCUCAAGAACCUCUUCUGGAUCACCAUCCCCAACUCUUCCAGCAAUGAGGAGAACAGCAUCAUCCGCACCGGCCACAUCUCCCUCGACGCAUACACUGAUCCGCCGGAGCCCGAUCUAGCCCGCGCAGACAAGUCCGUGCUCACCGUCAGUUCGUUCUUCAUCCUGCCCGAGUAUCGCUCUUACGGGCUGGGACGGCGCGCGAUGGGCCUUGUCGAGGAACUAGCCGUCACGGAACCGUAUGGUAGUCCGCGCUGUCGUUUUGUUACGCUCACGGGGCUCAGUAAGCGGUAUGUAUAUGACGAAGGGCCGGAAUGGAGGGGUAUGUGGGCGAGGAUUGGCAUGACGCCGCCGUCGUUCAGUGUUCAGGAGUGGUAUGAGCAGUUGGGGUAUGUCAGUUGGAAGUCGGAGCCGCUGUACGAGGAGAAGGCUUUGAAUGGGGAGGUGAUUAAGCUGUGGGAGGCGUUUAUGAGGAAGGAGAUGGCUGUUAAGAAUAUGGAGUAA